AGACAGUGUUUCCGCCCCCCUCCCCUGAACGUGAACAUAUUGGGCUCUGUGUGUGUUUGAGGCGGCUUGGGGGUGUUCGCCUGAUGUCAUUUGGCAGAAAGAAAGCAUCAAAGGGAAAAGCCACAGCCUCUCUCUCUGCGGUCCGACCGAAGCAGGGGAAGAGGAGCGAAGAAGAGGAGCUGCUGGCUAACGGACUAAAAAAGUACCAGAUGCUAUUUCGGCGGAGGAGAACCAGCCCGAGUAAACAAGACAGCGUGAUGGGUUCUCGUUUUCCUGAUGGGUAACCGUAAACCUUCACCUAAAAAUUGGAUUUUGUGAAGUCACCCGUAAUUGAGUUGCUUUAUUAUUUUUGGAAGUCUUUUGGCGUGACAUUGUGCCUGAAAUGCUCGAGCAGUUGAGGUCUCGGUCGUCGAGCAGCCGUUGGGCCGCAGCUCGGCACACGGAGCCCGAAUCUGGGAAAUAGCUAGCUAGCUGUCUGCUAGCCGCAGCCGUACCCGAUGCUGCAGCGGCGGCGGCGGCUGCUUAGCGGAUCCGAGAGGCACCACAAGCAGUUCACGGCCUGAGCACCAAGUCAGCUUCUGUUCUGCCGCACCGGACUGCAACAGGGAUGUGAUGCUUUUGUGUGACGCCGGAGGCUCGCGCUUACUCGACGCGAAUGGGCUAGCUUUGCUCCAAAAUGGACAGAAUCGCAAGAGCAGGAUCCUCUUGUUAAGGGGGGCGAGGUUAGACUGAUAACACAGCCCACCCUGAAUCUUUCAGCAUCCCGUGGUCGCACUUGGAUAACGACCACCGCUCUUCCACGUCUUUCCUCGGGGUUUAGCGGCUGGAAGAGGGAUGGAUAAACUCACGAUCAUUUCAGGAUGCCUCUUCCUGGCUGCGGAUAUUUUUGCAAUAGCCAGCAUUGCAAACCCAGACUGGAUCAACACUGGUGAAUCAGCAGGUGCACUCACAGUUGGGCUAGUCCGGCAGUGCCAGACCAUCCACGGGCGAGACCGAACUUGCAUCCCGCCCCGACUGCCCCCCGAGUGGGUCACCACACUUUUCUUCAUCAUCAUGGGCAUCAUAUCUCUCACAGUCACCUGUGGACUGCUAGUUGCAUCACACUGGCGUAGGGAAGCGACCAAAUAUGCCCGCUGGAUCGCUUUUACUGGAAUGAUCCUGUUCUGUAUGGCGGCGCUCAUCUUCCCCAUAGGCUUCUAUAUCAACGAGGUGGGAGGCCAGCCGUACAAGCUGCCCAACAACACGGUAGUCGGCUCCUCGUAUGUGCUCUUUGUCCUCUCCAUCUUCUUCACCAUAGUGGGACUGCUGUUUGCAGGCAAAGUUUGCCUCCCAGGCUGAGGACUCCACUACGCUCCCCUCUGGACUGCUCCCAGGGGGUGUUGAGAAUACGAUGGGAUUGACUCGAACACAGUGACUGAAAAUAAAAAAACACCAAAACUCUCGCCGGAAUCCCAAAACGGGGAGGCCUCCGCUUAUGUGUCAAGGGACCGCAGCACCACGGAGAACGGGGCGACUAAAGGAUGCAAAAUGGACAAAUGAGCAAAGUGCGACUGGACAGGGACCUGACGGAUGCAGAGGUGUGAAAGAGUGCAGCCUCUCAGCCACAGCCCCCUUUCUGUUAUCGCUCCAUUCGGAAAAGGGUGCUUCAUGUGCUGCUGUCAUGGCAACCGCCGCCACUGUGUUGGCGCACAUUUCUUGAGGACCACUACAGCCACUCAGCGAUUGGAUUCCCUGCUGCCACCCCCCAGCACACAUCUGCUCCAUCACGACCGCUCCUAUUGCUAUUUUUGGCUUCUCCUUGCUAUUUUCAGCCGUCUCUGUUGUACAACUGUUUUUUUUUCUUCUUCUUUCUGUUCUCUUCCAUCCUACACCACCUUGCCUCUGAAAAGUGUUACCGUUGCUGACUGAGCGGGAAUCGCAAGGCGUCCGAAAGCUUGUCAGGGGAGCACGGUGCCUCGCCAUAUUGCACGGCCUCAGGUGUGCAGUUAGGAAGAGCAGCUGCGUUUGCAGCUGUUUCGCACAGCUCUGGAUGAGAGGUAGAUACAGCUGUGCUUCCUCUUAGUCUCAUCCAGGUUUAGGAACAGGUGGUAGACUGGGGGGGGGGGGGGGGGGGGGGGUUGACCUCUCCACAGAACAGCAGGUCACCCGUUAAGGUGAAUGCUACCCGGUCAAAGUCUACGAAUGGUGUUAUUUAUAUGGAUAGCAGCAAGUAUUAGUGUAGGCAGCUGAGCUAAACCCUUCUUACUGAUACACGUCCCUCAGCAGUAUCUAGAGGACUGUGAAUUUAAGGAAUACUCAUCUGAACAUAAACACAUCUUGUUCGUGUAACUUUGUUGAGUAAAGCCAUGCACCGUGGCCUUCCCAAAUGCAUUUCUCUAGUUGUACAUUCAUUGCUGGGGAGACGAGAGGACAAAAAUGGCUGACAGUAUUCCUGAAGAUACGGAUGAUAUGAAAACAUGUGAAUGCUGAAAAUCAGUGGUAUUCUUCUUUAACGUAUGGAAAAAGAGAGGCAGGAGCUUUUUUUUUCUCUCUCUCUCUCCUUUUUCUUAAAUGUUUAUUUUGUGUAAGAGUGAAGGCAGUGGGACUGCAGGUCAGGUCCAUGCAUGGGGCUGUGCCUCAGAGUGCUGCUUCUGGAGCUCUGUGAAUUCUGAAAGCACACAAACUCACACCGACUCUUCCUGCACUAUUUUUUAUAUUGAUCAUAUUUAAGCUAUACUUCUGUCUUUGGCUGUCAUUUUUCUCCGAAUCCCUUUAAUGGAACGAUCCAUCAACUAUUUUUUUUAUUACGUUUCACAGUUGGAGUCAGCUUUCAGAAUAUGUACCACAAACGAUUAAUGUCAGACAGACAGCUCUUUGUUCAGGCUUAGAGCAGAGUCAUACUGUGGAAAAUCAGGAAACUUUACAAAAGAAAUAAUGCAUGUGGGACAGGCAUGUUCAAGGUUUUCCAUCUGCAAAUGCCAAAAAAAAGCAACUUUAGCUGCUUACUGCUUGCAUCUUCUCCUGCUUAUUCAUCUUGAUGAAACUUUUCUGAAUUCACUCGUCUGAUUUGGCCUUCCUGUUUCGCUUUUUAUCGAUUUUUAUUCAUCAUUUCUUCUGAUAGCUUCUCUCUUAAUCUGUUUCCAUCUGUCUGUUCUCUACCUUCAUUAACCUCCUAUUUGCUCCUCCUCCUCCCCUCUUGUCUGUCAUAGCAUCAUCUUCAGCAUGUUAUUUUUAAAAUCCCAAACCACCAACAUUUCUGUUUUUAAUUCAUCACCUCUUUAAGUGAUUAAACUUACCAUUUUUCCCUCUUUUUUGCCUUCAGCAUUAAUCAGACGUCUUCCAUUUCAGAAAUGCCAUUAAUCCUUAGAAAUACCAAUGUGGCGGCACUAAUAGAUUCUUCAUAGUUACAAGAAAAUCCCCAGAUUAAUAUUUUACCUACAUGUAACAAAAAAUUCAAUUACACUUGAAGCUGAAAUCAAAGAAGAGAUGCAGAUUGAUCUCCACAUUCUCAGAUUUACACACAUUAGCGACUGACUGUUGGAAAGUGUGCGUUUGUGUGUCGACAGAGUCACAAUCUCCUCAUUUGCAAAGUCUUAGGUUUUUGUUUUUCUGUUCUCCUGCUCGGCUUCUCUUGCCCCGUCCUUACGAUGUAAACUGCUGAACUUUACGCUCUGCCUCGUUUGGUUUGGUAUCGUGCCAUGGCCUGACUUUGUUUGAUAAUGUACAGUCACAAAAGGCAGGAGUUCUGUAUUAGGAAGCACUGUGCAUUCAACAGUAUAGGUAACAGACAUAGAAGCACCACAAAUGUAUAAAGAAUAACUUCUUACCUCAUUGUUUUUUUUUGUUUCUGCUAUUAUUUUCUAAUGGUGGCAACAUGUGUGCCCUCUAAUUUGGUUUCUUGCCUUGAUCGGACGUCCACACAUAAAGCCUAUGAUCAUAGGAAAUUAUUUAUCACUGAAUAAAAAGAGAAAAAUGGG